AUGUCAUCUGGUGAUGCUGGUUUCAAUGAAGAGGACGUGAUGAAAUAUUUACGCCCUAAACCUCGAAAUGAAAAGCUGUUUGAAGGGCUGAAAGAUAUAUUCGAUGACGUCGAGCCAAUUCUCAUCGGCUACAACAUCUGCCCUUUCAGCUGUCCAACGCCGACUCAAACUCCACCCCCUUCUCCACCUCCAUCUCCUCCUCCAUCUCCACGUCGUGAAUGUGGCAAUGAUAAGGUGGAAGAGGCAACGAAGAUUGGAGGCAGCGGUGAUGCCCCUGACAUGGACAAAUCCGAAGGUGUCUGA